AUGCUCCUAUAUUCUAUGGUGUUGCUGCUGGGAGUGUUUCCUCAGCUGGUCUGGAAGGCUUCCAUUGGGCAGGCGAGAUGCAGGCUGUCUCAUCCGCACCAUCCUCUUCACAUGUAUUAUCAGCCAGGAGACCUCAUCAUUGGCACCAUUGCAUCUCAUGGUGGCUUCCUCUCCAGCCCAGCAACCUUCUUCAAAGUUCCUCCUCCUGCAUCAGUUGACGAGUUUGUUGCUGUGUCUAAGGCUUACCAGCAAAUCAUGGCUCUGGCAUUCGCAGUGAAGGAAAUCAAUGCAAACCCUCAGCUCUUGUCCAACUUCACCUUGGGCUUCCACAUCUAUGACAGCUACGACAAUGCUAGGAGGACCUAUCAGGCCACAAUGCUAUUUAUAUCGGCACUGCAGAGAUUGAUCCCCAACUACAUAUGUAACGUCCAGCACAACCUAGUAGCAAUCAUUGGGGGACCAGAUUCUGAAAUCUCUCUUCACGCAGCAACUCUUCUGGAUGUCUAUAAGAUUCCACAGCUGACCUACGGCCCUGCUCCAAUGAUGAAUGAUAAAACACCAGGCCUUCCCUUCUACCAGGUGUUUCCCAAGGAAGUCCUGCAGAAUGCAGGCAUUCUCUCCUUGCUUCUGCAUUUUAAGUGGACUUGGAUUGGACUCCUGGUCAUGGAGAUUGACCGAGCAGAAAGAUUUGUGCAAACUGUUUCUCCACUGUUUUCCGAGAACGGUAUCUGCUUUGCAUUUAUUGCAAGAAUACCAAAAUUCAGUUUUUAUUAUAAAAUUCUUGAAAUGCUACAAAUGGGUAUACAAAUAUAUGAGGAAGUCAUGGGUAGCACAGCUAAAGUUCUGGUAGUGUACGGAAACUCUUAUUCCAUAGUGUUUCUGAGGUGGUUUACAUAUAUCUCAGGACAAGAGGGAGAGGUAAAUAAACCAAAAGGAAAGGUCUUGAUAAUGACAGCCCAGAUGGAGCUUGCUUCCUUUUGGUACCAAAGAAACUGGGAUGCAGAAAUGUUCAAUAGUGCCAUUGCUUUCACAUUUCACUCCCACAACCCAGCAGGAUUCAAAGACUUCCUUGCGCAGAGAAAUCCCCUCAGCACCAAAGGGGAUGGUUUUAUCAAGGACUUCUGGCAAAAUGCCUUUGGCUGUAUAUUCCCAAAUUCAAGCUUUGCCAGGCAGAGGGAUGUGGACACUUGCACAGGCGAGGAGUAUCUGGGCAGCCUCCCAGCACCAUUUUUCGAAAUGAGCAUGACUGGGUACAGCUACAGCAUCUACAAUGCAGUCUAUGCAGUGGCCCACGCUCUUCACACCCUGCGCUCAACUAGAUUAAAAUACAAAGCAAAGGUGAAUGGAUGGAGAUGGAAGCUUCAGAAACAUGCUUUGUGGCAGGAGCUUCAUCGUUUCCUGAAAGCCGUCUCAUUUAACAACAGUGCUGGGGAUGAGAUUUCCUUUGACCAGGAUGGCGAGUUAGUGUCUGGAUUAGAUGUGAUCAACUGGAUUGUUUCCUCAAAUCAAUCAUUUCAUCGUAUCCCUGUUGGAAGGAUGGAUCCUCAUAUACCAACAGGCCAAAUGUUUAGCAUUAACGAAGAUGCAAUAACAUGGCACAGGUGGCUUAAUCAGACACGACCAGUUUCUGUAUGUACUGAGAGCUGCCAUCCUGGUUCUAGCAAGAAGGUGAAGGAAGGGGAGCCGUUCUGCUGCUAUACCUGCAUUCCAUGUCCGGAUGGGAGGAUUUCACAACAAGAAGACAUGGAAGAUUGCAAGAAAUGCUCAGAUGAAAGCUAUCCAAGCAACACCCGGGAUUUCUGUAUUCCAAAGGAUGUAAGCUUCCUCUCUCAUGAAGAACCUUUGGGGAUAAGUUUAACCUGUACAGCCCUUUCCUUUUCCACCAUCACUUCACUGGUGCUUGGAGUAUUCAUGAAGAACCAUGACACUCCCAUCGUCAAGGCCAACAAUCGGGACCUCACUUACACCCUCCUCAUUUCCCUCCUGCUCUGCUUCCUUUGUGCAUUGCUUUUCAUUGGUCGCCCUACAAAGGUGACGUGUGUCCUUCGGCAAACUGCUUUCGGCAUCAUCUUCUCAGUGGCUGUUUCCUGUGUGCUGGCAAAGACCAUCACCGUGGUGCUGGCUUUCAUGGCCACAAAGCCCGGAUCCCAGAUGAGGAGGUGGGUUGGGAGGAGACUAGCCAACUUCAUCAUUCUUUCCUGUUCCCUCGUGCAAGUGGCCAUCUGCACGCUCUGGCUGUCAAGCUAUCCUCCCUACCCUGACGUUGACAUGAACUCAGUGGGGGGACAAAUUGUCCUGGAGUGCAAUGAAGGGUCUGUGGUGAUGUUUUACUCUGUCUUGGGCUACAUGGGCUUGCUUUCCUUGCUGUGUUUUGCUGUGGCCUUCCAUGCCAGGAAGCUGCCGGACAGUUUCAAUGAGGCCAAGUUCAUCACAUUCAGCAUGGUGGUCUUCUGUGGCAUGUGGCUGUCCUUUGUUCCAGGCUACCUGAGCUCCAAGGGGAAAUACAUCAUUGCUGUAGAGAUCUUCUCUAUCCUAGGCUCCAGCUCUGGGCUGCUGGCUUGCAUCUUUUCUCCCAAAUGUUACAUCAUUUUGUUAAGACCUGAGCUGAACAACAGGGAGCAACUAAUAAGAAGAACAAAAUGA